AUGAGGCGUAAUUGGUGGAAUGCAAUGGUAUACUUUGGGAGAUUGUCUCUGUGGACCGCGUUGUUACUGUGGUUGUGGUUCGAGAACUACGUCACUGGAGCAGACGAUAAUUACGACAAGAACGACGUGCGCAAAGAGAAGGACAAGCCUCACUCGCGGCAGAAACGUCUACUGUGGAUCACCUCGGAUGGACGCCUGGCCCUGCCACCCGGCACCAAGCUCACGAUAACGCCGUCUCUGUCCAUGCCGUUCGUCAGGUAUCCGCCAGAAGGGUUCAUGUCCAACAUGAGCAUCAGCUUGCCGUUCACGAUCGACUUCAAUACCUUGGGGCUGACCGACAAUCAGAAUCCGUUCGGCGCCUUCCCGCAAAUAUUGGCCAGGAGCAUGGGCAGACAGACGGGGUCGGUACUUGUUGACUAUGUGUCUCAACUUAUGCGCGGCCGGAGAUCGGCUAGAUCCGUCCCAACUUUACCCAAACCGAUACACUCGUACUUCCAAGGAGGUGAAAGAGCUCUGAUGUUCACCGUCGUCGAGGACCUGUUGACGAACUUUGGAAUGGACGGCAAAGCGUGUCUGCUCCGAGCCAUAUGCGAAGUUCACGGGCACAAGUCCAUACACAAAUUUGGUUUCCUCGGCGAAUUUAUUCAACUAUUUUUCACGGCUAGUAAAUCGACGUACGCUGAUUUAAUGGACGAAUACGUGACUGCCGAAACCAUCGGAAAACAAAGCAAAGAAUGUUACCCUUACUUCAAGGAAUGUCCUAAGUCGUUGUUCACCAACAAUCAUAACUAUUCGGAAAACGAUCUUUCACCCGACGACGAGGACGCAGACGGCGAAUCAAUGUCGGCCGACUACGAUGACCACAACUACAGAAACGGAAACGAGGUCGACGACGACCGGAAGAAAUCGUCGUCGGCAAGCGGUGGACCAAAAGUGACGGUGAAUCCGACACCGUUGGCCAUGUGAAUCGCUCGGCUGAAUUCUUCACUCUCCGCCGCGCGCAAUGAUCGUUGAACAAUCGUCUCUCGAACGUAUUUCAUUUGUAUAAUAUAAUAUUAUUUUUUAUGUGUGCGUGUUUGUCCGGAAAAACUUUGACGCCGUCGCGGGCUUAAUAUUUUUACACGUUUUUUUUUUCGUCCAUUUUCGUCAACGCCUUACCCCUAUCUAUCCCAUCAAUAACGUCCU